AUGGCCUUCAACAGCGGACCCUCGAACAGCUGUGCAUGGAAACCCAUUUGGCCUAAAAAGAAAGGUCCCAAGGACGCCGCGGCAUACAUUGCAGAGCUAGAUUUUUUCUUUAAUGAAGACCACACCAAUGAUGCGAUAAAACUUAUGGAAAGAAACCUCCUCGGGCUUGACAUGCUCAAGACGCUGUCUCGGUUUAUAUGUGCUCCAAAGGACGCUCCCACCGCCACUCCGCCCAAAUCAAUCCAGGCUUCGAUUGAAGAACGUCAAACGCUUGGGGCUCCCCGGGCAAUCCGAUUCUAUGACGCCACACAGCACUCGGCACGCGCAGACCCAGCAAGUCCAACGCGUCAGACUCCUUCGGUUUUUGAAGAGCUCGACAUGGUGGAUAUUGAAAUGACAGAUAUCGAUGAUCAGCCGACAUCGGAUCCUCCCCCUCCUGCGAUUUUGAUGGCAGCACCAGGACAAGAGGAACCUCCUCGUCGAACCCCCACAGAAACUCUUGUUGCGGACUUUAUAGUUACCCUACUUGGUGGUUUAGCAAGCCUUGUGCAGGGUCUCAGUCCGAGGCCCCUCUGCAUGGCCAACUCCUUUGAGACAACGUAUCAAUUUGGCCCUCCCAGUCAUCAGACCUCUCCACAACACGGCAGUAUGCAGUUCCGAGCUCGUGUAGAUGGGAGUAUCCCAUUCAGCCUGUCCGUGGCUCUGAUGCCACGUGAAGCUGCGAUAUUUGAAGUUAAACGUGCCCCCCGCCAGGAAGGAAAGGAUAGCAUCCCUGUCCUGGCACAGCAGUCAAUGGAGCAUGCUGCAUACAUCUGGAAAUGCCAUGAAAGUGACAAAACGUGGAAGAAAAAGAAUCUGACUUAUCAUACCUUUAUGGUGGCUCAAGAUCACUUGGAUUUCCACAUUAGCAUCGGGACCUAUGAUAAUACAUAUCUGGGAUACAUUUUCGGGCUAGGAUCCCAGCCAGUUCUUCCGGCACAAGAUACUAGCAAAUUCCCGUUCCUCGAGAUACAAGAACUGGGGCCGUUUGAUAUCAAAAUGGAGGACGAUCUUCGCACCUUUCUGCAUAUAAUGCUUGCCUUUAUUCUCUGGCAACUUGAAAAAGCGGGUGGUGAUGCCGCGUUCAAAGAGGCACUUUGCUAAAGGGGAUCUGCAUAAGGAGUACUAUUGUUUAGUUCGUCCCGGUGUCUACCUGCUUUCCUGUGCAUGUUGAUUAGCGUAUCAAUUAUAACCCUUAGUAGUUUUAUGUUUCAA